AUGAAGAUUUCCGAUCUUCCUCACGAUCUGGAAUCGGAAAUACUCGCUAGGGUUCCGGCCAAGUCUCUAGCUAAAUCGGAAACUACUUGCAGACGAUGGUGCGCUUUGUUCAGAGAUGAAAGUUUCGUCAGAAAGAACAAUAAGUUGGGUAAAUCAGUAAGGGAGUCGAUGCUAUUACGUAAGUAUGGGGUUUAUUCAAUCGGCGAGGAUCUCCACGGACUUUACAACACCGGCGUUGGUAGAUCUAUUGAGUUUUCCGGUAAACUUAGCAGUCUAAAGAAGGAUCCAAAAGAGGAUUUGAAAAUAUCUAAAAUCUUUCACUGCGACGGUUUGAUAUUAUGCUCCACUCAACGAAACACUAGACUUGUGGUUUGGAACCCUUGUACCGGUCAAACGAGGGAGAUCAAACCCAGAACUUGUUACCGGAGUGUAGAUACAUAUGGUCUAGGGUACGUAAACGACGGCAAAUCGUCCCGUAGCUACAAAAUCUUGAGGUGUUCCUAUUAUAAAAAGGAUAAGAGUGUCACGGUUUCAGAGUUUGAGAUGUAUGAGCUUAGCUCUGGUACAUGGAGGGUUCUUGAUAACUUCACCCGUGGCUAUGAUAUAUACAGCUAUGGAAUGUCUUUGAAAGGAAAUGCUUAUUGGCUUUGUGGAGAAGCAGAAACAGGUCUUUUCGUGAUGAAGUUUGAUUUCACAACAGAGAAUUUUGUGCGUCUGUCUCUUCCCUUUCAGAGCUUUCCCCAUAAAAAAACGGCUCCUCUAUCUCUUGUUAAGGACGAUAAACUCUCGGUUUUACGUCAGGAUAUUCAAGAUUCUUCGAGUGUGAUGAAGAUUUGGGUGACCAAUAAGGUUGAUGAUGAAGACAAAGACUUGUCUUGGAGGAGCGAGUUCGUGUUAGUUGUGGAUUUUGGUAAAUUUGGGUUACAAAGAAUGGUGAGCGUGAGGAGCUUUUUGUUUGACGAGGAGACUAAAGUGGCAGUGUGUUGUGAUAUAGAUCUGGAUGAUGAAUAUAGGAGCAGAAUCUACAUUGUUAGAGAGGAUAUGUUUAAACAAGUUUACAAAGAGACAACAAUAGGAUCUUAUUUCAAUCGGCCACUUCUCCUCACUUAUGUUCCAAGUUUGGUUCGCAUUUAG